AUGAGCUCUCUAAGAGAGAAGUAUGAGAAGUCCAAGAAAUUGGGCUAUGUUCCGCGAGACAUUCCCUCCAUUUACCCCGCUUUGGGAACAAGUUCCGACAGAUAUCUGUCAGAUUUCAAAGACAAACAGACUUUUCAUAACAAUGUGAACAUCGACAGAUUCACAUAUCCCGCAACUGAAAAACCGCUGUAUACGUCCAGGUUUCCUGAAUACGGAUCUUACUUAAGUUCCCGACAUCUGCUUCAAAAGGAACGAGAAUUUGAAAGAGAAAAAGAAAACUCUUAUCUUCCAGGAACGUUUCUCGCUCCCCAAGAAUUUCAGAAUGCAUCUUCCUACAAAAGCAGUUUGGCUAAAAGUCUGAUCCCAAAUAGACGGUUUGACUCCAAAAGCAGCAACUUUUAUGACAGCGAUAUGCGAAAUGUGGGGGUAAGUAGUAACAUGAAUUAUGCGAAUAGAGAGGUGAGAAGAUCUCAUUUGAACAAGACUAUGUCACCAAUCAAGACACUUAGAAAUUCUAAUUCUUCGCUCAGACAGCCGUCGGGACUCUACAAAGUUCUUGAUUCAACGCCCAGCAGAAGCCGUACUAUUACUGACAAUGGAAACUUCAGAAAAUCCAACGGCAUCUAUAAAAACAGAGAGCCAUCCAGAAGGAGCCAGACAGGUUUGCUCUCCAAGUUGAGAAGUUACUUGAAUACGUUUUCCAUCGAUAAAGUUGAAAGUGACAACUCGAGUGUGAAUAUUCUCAAGGAUUCUGCAAGAAAAGUUCUUAACAUCAAUUCUGUUGAUGGUGAUGAAAAGAGAUACGAAAAGAGAGUCACAUUUCAAGACCCAGUUCCCAGUGCUUCUGUCUCAAGUAGCAGGAGUUUGGACCGUCUUCUUGAGAACGACGAGAUAGAUGACACAAUACUGAACACAAGGGCUCUUUCUGCGAUGUUAGAAGAGAAACGUAAAGUAGAAGUAGAACAGGAGCUUCGUGAUCUCAAACAAGCUCUUAUUGACGAGGGCGACAAAAGAGCCAGAUUGAUUAGAGAACAUGAGGUAAGCACCAAACAGAUUCAACGACAAUACCAGGCCACUAUUGUAGAAUUGGAGGAUCGCAUUCUUAAGUUGAUGCGCGAGAAUGAAUCCAAAAUCGACAAGAAAGAAUUGUCGAAAGAAUAUGAGAGCCUCUUGGUACAACAGCAAGAAUCGAAUAGGCGUAUUCAAAAUUUGGAACUGAGCAAUGAAGAGUUGAGACAGCAGUUGCAACAACGUUCACAGGAGUUGAAAAUGGCACGAUAUGAAAAUCAGUUCAAAAGUGAGCUAAAGUCCGUGAUGGAGAAAUACGAAAGUAAGGAAAACGAACUUAUUUUGAAUGGUAGAAAUAUUCAGCACCAGAUCGAAAGAUGCGAGUCAGAGUUUAGCAAGCUUGACUGGAGUGUACGCGCUAGGCACGAGUUAUCAUCUGAAGUUGCUAUCAAUUCUGAAAAGAUCAGCGAGUCUAUUGGAAGAGCCUUGUCAGGGUUGCGAGAAAGCAAUACCGAAGGUUUGGCUCCAUCUGCAGAGUUUGAACAAGUCUACAGUACCAUUAACAGCUUGUUGACUACGGCUAUUCCCAAAAAUAAAAAACGUGUCGAAGAUUUAGACUUGAAGAUUGCCACCCUUGAUUCAAAGAGACGUUCACACGAUGGUUUAGCCAGAUUGUACCAGAGAAAGUAUCUGGUGUUGAACAAGCUUCGUGUAUUGAACCAGAUCGAACAGGAAGCAGCACAACUAGGAGAGUACCUUGAAGAUUCGCAGGUAAUUGGGCAUUUUGAGAAAGACGUGGUUAGCGGGUUCUACUCCAAGUUCAAGCUCGAGUUAAGGAAUACCUGCUUCUAG